AUUGCAUUUAUAACUAGCAAAAAAUUUAUUAGUAUUCGUGCGGGAGUGUUAGAAUAAAUUAAAUAAUUUGAUCAAUUAUUUUAUUAAAUAAGUGUUUAUAAUUUUUCUACAUUUUAAAGUUGUUUAAAAUAAAUUUCUAUGAAUUACAUAAGUCUGGCCCCGCACUAAGUUAUAACAAAGCUAAAUAGAUAUGAAUUUAAAGGCUUGGUCCGCAGUGCUGGGUGUAUUCAUUGGGUGUUGUAGUAAUGUGAUAUUUUUGGAACUUUUAGUAAAACAUGAUGCCGGUGCUGGAAAUCUUAUUACUUUCUCACAAUUUUUAUUCAUAGCCGUGGAGGGUUAUAUAUUUACUUCGAAAUUUGGCACGGUUAAACCCGUAAUUGGCUUUAAGGACUAUGCCAUUUUAGUGCUUAUGUUUUUCGUUACCAGUGUUUGUAAUAAUUAUGCUUUCAACUUUAAUAUUCCUAUGCCUUUGCAUAUGAUAUUUAGAGCGGGCUCUUUAAUGGCUAAUAUGAUUAUGGGUAUUUUGAUACUUAAGAAACGUUAUGGUUUUUCCAAAUAUCUAUCGGUAGUCCUGAUUACUGUUGGUAUUAUUACCUGUACAUUGGUUUCAGCAACAAAAGUUGAGGACACAAGUAAUCCCAAAUUUAAAGAUAAUACAGUUGAGGACAAAUAUUCGGUAGUGUUUUGGUGGUGUGUUGGCAUUGGUAUUCUAACAGUUGCUUUAUUAAUAUCGGCGUGUAUGGGCAUAUAUCAAGAAGUAUUGUACAAGAAAUUUGGAAAAAGAUCAAGAGAAGCUUUGUACUACACGCAUCUUUUGCCAUUGCCCGGCUUUAUGUUAUUGGGCAAAAACAUUUGGGAUCAUUUAGUGAUAUGUGCCACCAGCGAUGCUCUUGUUGUAGCCGGAGUUAACACAUACUUUCCUGAACAAAUAUUUUAUUUAAUCUGCAAUAUGAUUACCCAGUAUGUCUGUAUUAGCUCGGUUUAUGUGUUAACAGCUGAAUGCAGUUCAUUGACCGUUACGUUGGUUGUUACUUUACGCAAAUUUGUAUCUUUGCUAUUUUCCAUUCUCUACUUUAAAAAUUCAUUUACCCUUUAUCAUUGGAUUGGUACAAUUUUAGUAUUUACUGGUACUAUUAUCUUUACGGAGGCUUAUCCAAAAACUUUGUUCUCGGCCAAAGAACAGAAAAAAUCAAAAACAUCCUAGAUCUAAUAGAUUUUAAAUUAUUAGUAAAAAAUUAAAAAAUAUAAUUUGUAUGCAAUCAGUAAGUCCGUCCUAGUCAUAAAUAAUUACGUUCAAACUAUAUAUUAACGUAAUAAAACUGUGACUAAGACAAAACUUAUUUUGUUAUAAUAUAUAGACAAUAAAGAAAAGUAAUUAAAUUUUGUUAAAA